UAUUUUUGCGACAGUUGAUGGAAGCACAUUUAACGGCAGUGUCAUGGCGGCUUACGGAAGCAGUUUUGAAAGUGUUAAUAGCAUCGAAGACCGAAAAGAAUACAAACGUAAAGCCAGGGAGGAGGUUAUUCAGAAGGCGAAGCAGCAGUAUGAGAAGGAGGAGAAGAGGAAGGAGCUGAAGAGACAGAGAGGAGAGGACACCUGGAUGCUCCCUGAAGUUGACCUCCGACUACAGCAGCUAGAACAGGAGGUUUCAAGCAAAACCAAGAAGAAGAAAGAGAAAAAGACCAAGAAGAGUAAGAAGGAAAAGAAGAAGAAGAAGGAGAAGAGAGCUCAGAGAGGAGAUGGGUCCAGUGCCAGCUCAGAGGGGUCAGAGGAUGAGUGGGUUGAGGCCCAGCCCCAGGCAGAGGCAUCGGGUAAAGCCUGGAAGAUUCCUGCCAAGUCUGAGGCCAAGCCCACAGACAGCAGCCCUACCCCAGCCGAGAACAACCAGAGAGAUGAGUGGAUGACCUUUGACUUCUUGACAAUGAGAACAACGUCAACAGCAGAGAAGAGGGCUGAGAAAGAAAGGCUGAAAGCGGAGGAGAAAGAUAAGGCCCGGGUCAUCGAGCAGGCAGGUCUGCACAAGCUGGAGUUGAACCCGUUCUGGAAGGAUGGGGGGAGUGGCCUGCCCCCAGAAGAGAAGGCCAGUAAUGUGGUUAAAAAAGCUGCAAUUGUAGAUGAUGGAGGACUAGGUUGGCUCAGGAAGUCUUACCAGAGGAUGAGAGAGCAGGCGGAGAGAGAGCAACGCAGUCUGGAGGUCAUAGUGGCAGAGCGAUAUGGGUCCAUGGAGAAGUUUCAGAAGAGGAUGGAUGAGGCUGAGAUUGCUGUGUAUGGAUACAGGAGAGGAGAGGGGAGAGACGGAGAAAGAUGGAGGGGAGGGGAGGAAGCGGGAAUGGGCAGAGAGAGGUGGAGGAAAGGAGAGGAGGGGAUGGAUAGAGAGAGGUGGAGGAGACCAGACAAGGGUAGGGACUCCUUACCUGGAGAGAAAGAGAGGGAUAGAGAUGGAGGUAGACAUAGUGAUCGGGAUAGAGAGAGGGAUGGAGGUAGACCUAGUGACCGCAAUAGAGAGAGGGAUGGAGGUAGACCUAGUGACCGGAAUAGAGAGAGGGAUGGAGGUAGACCUAGUGACCGGGAUAGAGAGAGGGAUGGAGGUAGACCUAGUGACCGGGAUGGAGGUAGAGCGAGGGAUACAGAUAGAGACAGAGAGGGGGACAGACCCAGAGACAGAGGUGCGGAUGAGAGCCUUGGCUCUGGGCUAGGCCGGAGUCUGCCUCCCCUCUCCCUCGGAGCUCUGAAAAGUCGCUUCCUCAAGCCUGCUGACGAUGAUGAUGGAGACGGAGUGUCAGCCCCUGCUCCGGCCCGAACUUCCAUGGGUUUCCUGAAACCUGUGUCUGACGAUGAGGAGUCGGAUCGGAAGAGCAGUGGUCCGGCCUGGAGGAAGAGCAGCUCCGGACAGAAAUCUGCUUCAGGAAAACCAGAGCAGGAUAAAGAGAGGGAGUCUGGGAUUACCAUGUCCUCUCCUGACCAGGGUCAUAGCAGCAACAGGCCUGCAGUGACAUCAUCCAGAUCUGAGAGCAGUAGUGACAGUUCGAGUGAGGAGGAGGAAGAGGUACCGAUCCUCACAGAUGAAGAGAUGAACAAACUGGGGGCCAGGCUGGUGAAGGCAGAGAUUAUGGGUAACACGGCUCUGAUGGAGAAACUGAAGACCCAGCUGGAAUCAGCCCGUAAAGCCAAGGAGAACCGUGCUGCACAGCAACCUGGGAAAUCAGACAGGCCUCCAGGUCAAACAGAGGAGGACCAGGAAGUACUUCUCUUCAGAACAGACCAAUCGGGUCGUGCCUGGCCGGUCAACGCCUCUUCAGAACCCCAGGAGCCCAGAGGAGGACGUAGGAAAAAGAAGGCGAUUGAGACCCACAGGGAUGGGGAGCGUGUGAGAUACUUCCAGGAUGAUGACAGUGUGGGUCUUCAUGAGAUGGUCCGCAGGGAGAAGAUGAGCUCUGCAGAGGACCAGAACUCCCUCUACGCACGCAUGGCUGGCAAGAUGAUGGGGAAGACCGACGAUGACAACUACACCCUGGAUGACAUGUUUGUUUCGAGCGCGGCUCAGAGAGAGGGGGAGGGGAGGGACGAGGACAGGAUGAGGAGCAGAGCCAUAGCGGAACACAGGCGACUGGCCGUUACCAUGGAGAAAUGCCAUCACUGCUUCAGCAACCCCGAGCUCCAGAAACACCUGCUCAUUGCCAUAGGAACCAAGGUGUAUCUGAGCCUGCCUGGAGGUGUGUCUCUGACAGAGGGUCACUGUCUGAUCACUCCGCUGCAACACCACUGCUCUGCCACUGGAUUGGACGAGGACGUGUGGACAGAGAUCCAGGUGUUCCGCAGGGCAUUGGUGCAGAUGUUUGAGUCUCAGGAUCAGGACUGUGUGUUUAUGGAGACUCAUAUGAACCCAAAGAGACGCCAGCACAUGGUCCUGGAGUGUCUCCCUUUACCCAGAGAACUGGGAGACAUGGCUCCUAUCUACUUUAAGAAAGCCAUCAUGGAAUGUGAUGAGGAGUGGGCGAUGAAUAAGAAGGUUGUGGAUCUCUCCUCCAAAGACAUCCGCCAUGCUGUGCCGCGGGGUCUGCCGUAUUUCUCAGUCGACUUUGGUCUUCAGGGGGGCUUUGCUCACGUCAUUGAAAACGAACACAAGUUCCCCCACUACUUUGGCAAGGAGAUAGUUGGUGGGAUGUUGGACGUGGAGCCGAGGAUAUGGAGGAAGUCCAUCAGGGAGAACUUUGACAACCAGCGGAAGAAAGUCCUUGAGUUCUCCCAGUGGUGGAAACCCUUCGACUGCACCAAGACGGACAGCUGAACCAGCCAACCAACACGUCUCAAUAAACCCCUAGCCCCUUGUAUAUCUGAAAUUAUAAACCUGGUGGUUAGAGCCCUGAAUGCUGAUUGGCUGACAGCCAUGGUAUAUCAGACCGUAUACCACGGGUAUGACAGAACAUGUAUUUGUAUUACCCUAAUUAUGUUGGUAACCAGUUUAUAAUAGCAAUAAGGCACCUCUGGGGUUUGUGGUUUAUGGCCUAUAUGCUUCG